AUGGCGGCACGUUUGACAUCGUUCCUCUGCUGGGAGCAUCACGUUUGGAGACAUUUCCUGGAAGCUCUUUGCGGCGCUCCUCCGGUGCUCGCCGCUGUCCAAGGUGAAGCUCCAGGUGCAAUGUACGAAUUCACCAAUGAGUCCAAGACGAAGCUCUUCCUGGGAUCGACCAAGUCCCGCUAUCCACCCCCUGCUUUCUGGGUGGAUGGCGCGUUGGCAAGGGAAGUUGUAGUUGGAGCUGCUGCUGUCUUCGGAGCCGGCCAGCGCUCCAACGCAGCUGCCCUCGCCUCCCCACACCAGCAGCGAGGCGGCCGUGGCGACGGGAGCAACCGCGUCGAUGCCCUCGGCCGCCUCCUGACGACGGUCUUGCGGCACAUGGCGCCGGAGCUGAGCCUGGGCAUGAGGAGCGACGGCUACGUGCGUGCCCGCGACCUGCUCGGCCUCAGCCUGCAGACCUUCGCCAAGGCUCCCCUCAAGUCCCACUCGGUGGAUGAAAUCAGGGAGGCGGUCAGGCGAGACAACAAGCAGAGGUUCAGUCUGUUGGAGGAGGAUGGCGAGCUGCUGAUUCGGGCUAACCAGGGGCACACUGUGACAACUGUUGCAUCAGAGAGCUUGCUGAAACCAAUUUUAUCAGCCGACGAAGUCUCAGUUUGUGUCCAUGGGACCUACAGGAAGAAUCUUGAUUCAAUAUUGCAACAUGGACUAAAACGUAUGGAAAGGCUACAUGUACAUUUCUCAAGCGGGUUGCCAUCAGACGAAGGAGUCAUAAGCGGUAUGCGGCGUAGCGCAAACAUAUUGAUACACCUGGAUGUCCGCAAGGCGCUGCAAGAUGGGAUGAAGCUAUACAUCUCCGACAACAAGGUGAUACUGACAGAGGGUUUCGAUGGCGUCGUCCCCGUCAAGUACUUGGAGAAGAUGGAGUCAUGGCCAGGACGCCCUCCGAUACCUUUCCAAAGAUAAAAACGUGGCUUUGCGUUGAUAGCUUGGGAUGCACUCACUCCCUUGAGUAAACCAUGCUGUAAUAUCUCCCUGAAGGCAUCAUGUGACACACACACUCUGAUACAUGGGAGGGAGUAUCGUUCUGGACCUUAUACUAGUGGUUGUGCAAAACAUGCGUGUGAUGAUGAUGAUGAUAACCUGCACCUGGCGGUGGUGCUUUUAUACGUUUGCUGAAUCAGAGGAAGCUGUGGACUGGCAUGAGCUAGGGAGCCAUGGACUCCCUUUGCUGGACUGCUCCUUCGCCCUUCCUGCCGCCUGCCUGCCUGCCAGCAGAUGACGCCGCGGAGGUCAGCACCUCGGAGACCAGCAAGGGGUCUGUGCUCUCGCUUGCCAACGGCCCUGCCGACAAUAGCAAUGCCACUCACUGAGCCAAUGGCACGUUCGCCGAGCUCCUGCACUGCUCCAGUGCCGUUGACAAGCCAAUGCAGCAUCAGCAUCAGCAGCUGCAGCCCACGCUUGCCUACUACACCACCCAGGGCUCGCACGUCUCACCCAUGUUCUUUCAGAUGAUUUCCCAGCUCACCUUCUCCCAGGAGCAGCAGCCAAUGCGCUUGAGUGGGGGCUGCAGCUCUGGGACUUCAAGGAGGAAAGGAAGACAUAAUUUCUUCUUGGAGAGAUCCAGUGUUGCACCAACUACAAGGUCAUGAUCCAUUCAACGCGAG